CAGAAGAAGAAGGCUGAGGCCAGGGCAGCUGCUCAGGAGGGAGGGGAUGAGGCGGCAGGGCGGGUGGGUGCCAUCGAGGGCCUCACACGAGCCGGACGCCGGGCGCUGGCCCUGGGCGCCGGGCGGGAGGCAGUGGGGUGCUUCAGGAAGGCCCUGCUCCUCUCCAGGGACACAGUGAGCCCCCAGCUCCACAGGGCUUGUGCCUUCAACCUGGGGGCUGCCUACGUGGAGACUGGGAAGCCCAAAAAGGCCUUUGAGUUCCUCCUCCAGUCCCAGCCCUCAGAGGCGGAGAGCGGGGAGCACUCGGGGAGCCUUUAUUUCAGCGUCGGGGCGGCUCACGAAGGGCUCCAGGAUUUUCCAAAGGCUCUGGAGUGUUUUGAGAAAACCUCCAGCCACGGCAGUGCUGCUGAGGCUGGCAGCCGAGCGGGGACCUGCGUGCAGAUGGGCUGCUGCUACCUGGGCAUGCGGCAGCCGGCGCGGGCCGCGCGGUGUUUCCUGGAGGCGGCACAGGCCUACGCGGCGGCCGAGAGCCCCGGGGCCGCGGCCGUGGCUCUGAGCAGGGCCAGCGGCUCCAUGCUGCAGAGCCGGCGGUUCCGGGCCGCAGAGAUCGCCGGGGUGCUCGCCCGGUGCCGCUCGCUCUGCGAGGCCAUCCCCGACCUGGCCCUGCGAGGGAAACUCUACAACGACAUCGGCCUCGGCUACUCGCAGCUCCACAUCUUCUCCCUGGCUGCCGAGAGCUUCGAGCAGGCCCUGGGGCUGCGCGGCGGGGAGCUGGGCCGGCAGCAGGAGGCCGCGCUGCUGCAGAACCUGGGCGCUGCCCUCAACGCCCUGCGCAGCUUCGGCCCCGCGCUGGGCUGGCACCGGCGCGCGGCCGCGCUGCACGGCGCUCUGGGGAACCGCAGGGCUCAGGGGCAGAGCUUUGGGAACCUGGCGUACGCCUGCAGCCAGCUGGGGAAGCACGGGGCUGCCGCGGAGAGCUACCUGCACGCCCUGCAAGCCUUCCGGGACUCGGGGGACUUGCAGGGGCAGUGGCAAGCGUGCGAGGGGCUGGGUGCAGCGUGCUUCCACCUGGGAGACCCCCAGAAAGCCAUCGGGCACUAUCAGGAGGCCCUGAUUUUGCUUUCCCGCUGUCAGGACAGCCCCAGAGCUGCCCACAAACGGGUCGUGCACAAGCUCACAGAUGCCAUCCAGCACCGACUCCACCUCGGCCACCCGUCCUACCAGGGGGGCUGGGCACCCAACCCAGCCCUGGAGCCCAGCCAGCUGCAGUUUUGCUCCACACUGCCCCGUGCCAGUGGGACACGGCUCCGGGGGAGCGAGGUGGGGAAAGCCCAGGCUGAGGACGAGCUGUACUGGCCUACACCAGGAGCACAUCCCAGGUAUUCAGGCACACGAGUGGCCCUGACUGGUGGUCUCACGCGGGAGCCUUGCAACCCAAGUGGCCUCCUGGGCACCUCGGGGGAGGAUGAUGAUGGUCCCAGCUCAGCUCCAGGGUACCACAGUGAGCCCCAGGCUAACAGCAUGAGGACCACCAGCCCCCUGCCCCCAGCCAAGCUGCCCCAUGCCGGCCUCCAGCUCCGGCACCAAAAACACCAAACCCUCCAUCCGAGGCCUCCAGAGAGCCUUGACGAUGACCCCACUGCCACUGCUGCGGGCUGCUGGUCCCGCCGGGGACCCCGCACGGCCACCAGGGCUCUGUCCCUCGUCUGCAGCCUCGUGUGACCAGGAGGGCACCAGGGAAAC